AGGCGGCUGGCAGAGAGAGAGCAGAAGGGCCUUUGCAGGGCAAGGGCUCGCCUGCAGAGGGCAGAGAUAGAUGGCGGGCCUCCCCUGCUUCCUCCUCCUCUUCCUCUUCCUCCCCCUGGACCCCUCCUCCUCCUCCCUCGAGGCCCCGCUUGGCCUCAGCGACGACGAGCCUCAGCCAGGAUCUUCUAUAAAAGAGCAGUCAACUCCUAGUAGCCCAACAGCACAAGAUGUCCCUCUUUCCAGCAGCUAUUCACUGCUGCUUGUGGGUAACAAGCUGAAGAUUUCCCCAAAUAUGGACCCUCCAGAGAGCCAUAAUAAAGUGAAGGGUGCAGGAACUGAAGAUGAUAGAAAGAAAAGAUCUGUGCUUUCUGACUUAAAACAGGACAACAGUGCUGGUAAUAAUGAUGGUAAAUCAGUAAGAACAACUAAUAUUACUCUAAGAAUCCAUUCUACUGACAAUACGAGCCAAACUCAGAUUGACAUUUACAAUUUUAAAGAGUCAAGCGAGGUCCCUGAAGUACAUAUUGUAGCCAGCAGUAUUAUUAAACAAGGCAUUAAAAUUGAUUCAGUAGUGUUAAAAGACAGUGGUUUGCAAGUGAUAGUAAAUAGUUCAGUGGAUAAGAGAGUGAAGCAUAUCCCUGCAAAAGGCAGAAGAAAAAGUCUAAUAAAAUGUGAUCAUGGAAUUACAGGAAAGAACACACCAGAGAGCACAACAGAAAAUUCUCCCGUAACAGGUAUUAUAACACUGGAAGAUAGCCAGAUGGAAACAACUACAAAUCAGUUGCAGCUUUCAGAACCUGAAGUACUAAGCACACAGGAGGACAAUUCACAAAGCAUAGAUGAAGAACUAGAAAUGCCAGAAAAGGAAAUAGAAAAUAUAUUAGAGACUCUGAAGGAAGAAAAUAGCAACCCUAAUGAUAACCUUGAGUCUUCAUUAAUGGACAGUAUACUGCAGGAGUUAAAAAAACAUUCAGAAGAGUCAGUUUCCACUGAAGAGAAUUUUACAAUGACAACGGAAUCUUCCUCAUCAGAAAGUUUUACUAAAGAGUUUUCAGUGGAACCAGAAUUAAGUCAAUCACCAAAACCAACUCCUCUUCCAAACCUAAGAGUGAAUGAGGUUAAUGAAGAUAUCAAAGAUGCCAAAAGAUUUGAAUUCUUUGAGAAAUACGAAGGAAUUCAGGACAAGAAAAGAGCAAAGACUGAAGAUCUUAAGGAUCUGAUGAAGCACAUCAUCAUAGCCUGUGUAGCUGUCAUCGGUUUGAUCCUCACUGUAAUAGUGCUUGUGCACAUAUAUAAUUCACUAUUUGUGAAGAAGCAGCAGGACCCUGGUGUAACAAAUGCUACCGUUUACAAGGAGGAUGGAACUGACAAAACUGAAAUAACAGAAGUUGAGGAAAAAGAAAAUCAGUUGCUGGAAUAUGACAAUGAAAAUCUGAACAACAACAGCAGGUUACGUUCAUCACCAGUCAUUUCCCCCGCGAUUUCUUGUGAAGAUGCCAUAAAGCCUUCCAGGAGCAGCUAAUGUUUGCAGGAUUUUCCAAACUUUUAAUAUGCGCUCACAUAAAAAAUAAUAAUAAUCCAGGCAUCUAUUCCCAUUUUGAACAAUAAGAUAAAAUAGGACAAUGCACUGCAGGACAGUCAUUGAAACCAACUGAGCUUUUACUAUGGACAGAAUCUACGAGACCAGCAAGAAGAGCAAAUUCCCCUACAUAUCCACAAAAUCUGCUUUGGACAUUGGGGCAGAGAACAGGAGAAAGCUCAGUUGCAUGAACACACUUCUGCUUAAUGCUGUAUUCCUUGCAGCAGUCUUUGCAAGAUAUAAUGCAAAAGCAGAAUUACAUGUGUACUGAAUAUUUGGAAGUUUAAACAUUUUGACACCAUUAUGCCACCAUAUGAACAUAUCUCACAUAUUUGCAUAUAGGCAGUUGAAUGAGGAACUGAGAAUCUAGAGUUUCAGAAUGCAGAAUUCUAGUUUUUGGCUUAUUUCACUGGAUGGGAAAAUCUUUACUAAGUGGGGGGGAAACACCCAACAUUCUAGUAACUAAAAGAAGUUUUAUAAUCUACAUGUAUGUAGAGAAUCAGCAUGAGACAGUGCUGCAAUCGAAUUUUUUUAAUUAGGUCUAAGGAUAAUGAUAGGAAACUUGCAUAGAGCUCCGAUUACAGCUGAGAAUACCCAUGUUUGAGCCAUACCAUGAGGUGCUACUAGGCAUGAGACUAUCAUCCAUCCCUCUUUCAAUAUGGUAGGAUAUGGAUAAACCGACCAAAAAUCCCAUUUGAUAAUGUGUACAGUGGGCCCUCUUUAUCUGCAGACUUGCCAUCCAUGGAUUUGAAUAUCUGUGGAUGGCAAGCCCACAUUGUCCCCAAUGGUGGCACAACCAUGUGCGCACCACCAUUGGGGGCAAUUGAACCAAAGUCUCCCUCCCUUCCCUUCCCUCCCUCCUUCCCUUCCUCCCUCCUUACCUCCCUCCCUCCCUCCUUUCCCCUCCCUCCUCCCUCCCUCCCUCC